AUGACACGACCAACUCCUCCCACUAUUAAGGACUUUGUUAUCAUAAAGGCUAUUAGUAAAGGGGCCUAUGGAUCUGUAUUCUUAGCCAAGAAAAGAGUAACUGGUGAUUAUUAUGCGAUCAAAUUCUUGAAGAAAUCGGACAUGAUUGCUAAGAACCAAGUUACCAAUGUUAAGGCUGAACGAAUGAUCUUGAUGACCCAGACAGACAGUCCAUUUGUCACAAAACUUUAUUACACAUUUCAAUCAAAAGAUUAUUUGUAUCUUGUAUUAGAAUACUUGAAUGGUGGAGACUGUUCAGCUUUACUCAAGGCACUUGGGAGCCUGCCGGAGGAUUGGGGACGUAAUUACCUGGCCGAAGUUACUUUGGGUCUCGCUUAUCUAAAUACCAAAAAUAUUAUUCACCGUGAUCUCAAGCCGGAUAAUCUGUUGAUUGAUCAAAACGGCCACCUGAAGCUUACUGAUUUUGGAUUGUCUCAAAACAUAUCACUUGGUCCAGUGGAUUAUAACACUGAUGAAAAAUCUGGAAAGUGGCGCACCGGGGGUUUUUUUUCUAAUCUUGGCCCAUCUACCCCUGGAAUAGUGACCCCAGGAUUCUUUGAAAGACAGGAAAAUGAACGCUCAGAUGCCCGCAAGACUGCUAUUGGUACACCGGACUACAUUGCACCUGAGAGUAUCCUAGGAACAGGAGAAGAUACCAUGGUCGAUUGGUGGGCUCUUGGUGUAAUAUGCUACGAAUUCUUAUAUGGCAUUCCACCAUUUCAUGCCGAGACACCAGAUAAAGUAUUCGAGAACAUUUUGUCACGACGAAUUGAUUGGCAUGAGGAUAGUGUGGAUAUUUCGCCUGAAGCGCGCGACUUUAUGGAAAGAUUGAUGACUUUGGACCCUAGAAAGCGAUUAGGGGCAAAUGGUCCUGAAGAGGUUAAACAACACCCGUUUUUUAAAGACUUGAAUUGGGAUACACUUCUGAAAGAAUCGCCAUCUUUUAUCCCGAACCCUGAGAAUGUCGAAGAUACCAAUUACUUUGAU